AUGAAAGUUUUAAUAACAGAAAAUGAAAAACAACCAUUCAUUAACAUCAUACGAGCUCAACAAACAACAAUCUCAGUUAAAGCACAGAGGUUAGAAAUGGAAAUAGGAACAAAGAAAAGUAUAAUUCAAGACAUUGAUAUUACUAUCAAAGAAGGAAUAAAGAAAGAACCAAGUAUUGGAAUAAUGCAACCAUUAUUUAGAAAUGGAAAUGAUUCAACGAUGUUUCAUGAUAAUACUCGAGUUGAAGAUAUUCCAAUAGUAGAAAAUUUAUUUGUUCAAAUAAACCAAGAAGAAAUGAAUAAAUUAAAAAAGGUAUUUGAAAUGAGUGAGACUUGUAUUAUGGUGAAUAUUCAAAGAAUUAGUCUUGAUAUAGAAACAAAAGAACUUGUUGUAUUAAAUAAAAUUACAGAUUAUAUAACUAAAUUUAUCAUAGAAUGUUGUCAGAAAAUGUCAGAACCUAUUAAACAAGAAAAUGAUAUUCAACAAAGAGAAGAAAGAAGUAUUAUUGAAGAAGAAGAUAUUGUGUAUGAAAAAGGAUGUGAUUUUGAUAAAAUGAUCAAAAUAAUUCAAGAAAGGAAUAAAGCAGUAAGAGAUACAUACAUUUAUUGUAAUGUUGAUUGUAUUAAAAUUACACUAAGAAAUAACACUGAGUCAAUGGAAAUGAAAAUGAAUGGUAUUGAAAUGAUUAAUCCACAAAAUAUCUUUGGAUUGGGACUAACUCUUACUUAUUAUCAAGUUGAAGAAAUAGAAAUUAAGAUGAAUUACAUACAACGAGGUUGGAUAGAUAAAAUUGAAAAACAACAACAAACAAUAAUAAUGAAUGGUAGAAAUAGUUAUUUUACUUUUAUUAACCAUGAAAUGACAAACACAGAAUUUGAAGAUAUUAUUCAUUAUUUCAAACCAAGAAAUAUGAACAAAGCAUCACUCUAUCAAUUUUCAUUUAUCAGAAUGACAAGUGGUUAUUCAUUUGAAGAGUUCUUUAGAUUGUAUUCAUUAUUAAUGUCAAUGUCAUCUUCUUCAUCUUCAGAAUCACACCAAAUUGAUAAUAACUCAAAAGAUAGUACCAUAGAAGAUUAUUCACAUUCGUUUUUUACUGUUGAUAACUUUGUGUUGUUGAUUGAACAAAUUAAAGAUGUGCCACUUCAAAACACUACUUCAAUAACAAUAAAACCACAUAAGUUAUUUGGACAUUAUAUUUCAAAUCAAAAUGAAAUGAUUGGACAAAUUGAAAGUAAGAUAGAAUUAAAUCAAAUAGAAGUUGGACUGUCAUGUAACUUUAAAUAUGGAAAAAGAACAGAGAUAUAUGUUCCAUCUCUUAACAUUUCUGGAGAAAUAGAUAUACAAACCAUAUCAAAAUUGAUUAACACAACUAUGAUGAUUAUUACAUUUGUCAAUCCAUAUCAACAACCCACUGAAACUAAAGUCGGCAAUAAUAAGACACACAAAACUAUGAAAUGGAAAGAGUGGUAUGAAAAGGAUUUAAUUACUUUAACUCGAAUAGAACGAAAAUACGACUAUGAAUGUAUUGAAGAAAUGAUCAAUAUCAAGAAAAAAGGAAUUAAACUUGUUAAUGAAACGCAUCUUUUAUUAGGAAAUGACAUCGAACCAUCAGAUAAAAACACAUCUCAAUAUGAUACUACUAUUAUUCUUGAUCCAAUAAAUGGAGAGUCUGUUAAAACACAAGAAAAUGAAUCAUUUUUAAAAACUUACAGGAAUGAACAAACUGAAAAUACUCAAGAAAAAAAAGAAACUAAUACUAAUCAAACAUCAUGUAUUAUUGAAAUAAAAGUUAUUACUAUUCACCUCAAACUAACAAGGGAAAAAGAAGAUUUUCUUAGUGUUGAUUUUGAACAUAUGGAAAUGAAUGUUGUAGUAGAUAAUAAUGGAGGCACAGAUGUAUGUUGCAAUUUAUACAAAGUUAAUAGUAGUUCAAACAAAGAAAAAGAACCUAUCUUUCAAUUAGACACCACAAAAACCCCACUUCAAAUUGCUUUUAAAACGAUUAUCCCUAAAAAGUUGGAUGGAGCUAAAGAUGAAAUGGGAUGUUCAAUUGGUCUUUACAAUAAUGGAUGUAAAUUAAAUAUUCGACUAAGUGUUAAAAUACUAAAACAACUUUAUUCAAUGAUUAAGUCAUGUUCAGGUGAAAACAAUCCCCUUCCAAAAUUUGUUCAAGAAAUUACACCACCUCCUAUGCUUAUCAAUUUGGAAUUCCUUGAAAUCCAACCAAUUGAAGGUAACUUUAAAAUAGAAGGUGGAAUUGAUUUAUUAAAAAAUACGUUCUCUGUACCUUCUACUCUUUUAAAGAUAGAAAAUGUUUGUGGAGAUAUUAACUCAUUAUUAAAUGGCAUUACAACGAGUAUUGAAGAUAAGGCAAUGAAAAAACUUUAUCCCUUGUUUUUGUGGAUUUUGUCUGGGUUAUUCCCACAAUUUGCUAAUAUUUCUGGUGUGAAAUCAUUUAUUUCUUCACUUCUAACAUCAUUUUCUAAUUAA